UCGUAAAGCAGCAUCUAUCACCGCAGCACAACCCAGCGAUCCUUUUUUGCCUGAUCAUGCAGCUGGUGAUUCGCAGGUACCACCCCUCAGACAAGGACACGGUGCAGAGCCUGUUCAGCGCCGGCAUCAAGGAGCACAUCGGGCCGUGUUUUCAGAAAGCCAUGACUAGCUCUCUCUACCUCACUAUCACCCUGUCUCUGGGGUUGGUAGGCUACCUCCUUGGCUCGUUGCUCUUAGCGUUACUGCUGCCAGCAGCCUGGGUGGGCCUCAUCUACUGCUGUAGCCACGAGUUCUAUGCCGGGUAUGUCGCAGAGAGACUUCGGACAGACAUGAAGGACAUUGUCGGGAACUACCUGAGCAGGCCGGAUGACUGUUUCUGGGUGGCCGAGGCUGAAGUCGACGGGGCAGCGCAAGUCAUUGGCAUGGUGGCUGUGAUGUGUAUAGAAAGCGGGAAUGAGAAGCAUGGGGAAAUGUUCAGAAUGAUCAUCUCACCAAAGUCCAGGCGGAUGGGACUGGGCCGCAGGUUGACUCAGACUGUGAUUGAUUUCUGUAAGGAGCGAGGCUUCUCCAAAGUGGUGUUAAUGACGACCUCCACCCAGAUGGCGGCUGUGGCUUUGUACAAAAAGCUGGGAUUUAAAGUUGUUGCCUCACACGGAGAAGCAAACAGUCCCUCGUGGGUGGUUUUGUUGGUCCAAGUCACAAUUUUAAAAAUGGAAAAACUUUUAUAAAGCUAAAUCAGUCUAGGUUUUGCUUCUCUGUCUUACUUUGUGUUUCAUAAAUGAAACUCUUUUAUAGUGGAAAAGUCUACGACUUAAAGACACUGCUUACUUAUAAGCCAAUCCAAAACAAGCUUCUGUGGUUGAGAAGGGACCAAAUUUAUUUUGAGUGAUCUAUGAUAUCAAAAUUAAACCUAAUAAAAGCAGUUUAUAUGUGGUAGCGUAAAGACAUAGGAGAUAGCAGAAGGAGUAGCAUCACUGUAAAAAUAGGUGAUUGUAUGUAACUGGUUGUUCUUGGGAAUUUGGUUUCGUAAAUGUGAGUUUCUAUCAAGAUAGGUCCACUUUUAAACCCACUCACUAUGACCAACCAGAUCCCCAGGGAAUCUGAAAAAGCUUUACAGGACGAUCUACUGAGGCUGAGGAACACAUUUCUGAAAGCUUAGAAUAUAAAAUCAGAUAUUUUUUAAAUAUUUGUACUAUUAAUUUUAGCAAUGUAAUAAAUAAUAAUCUAACUCAAUGCUUCUCCAAAGUAUCCCACUUUGUGUCUGAUAUAAAUUAUAUUUUAACAUAACCCGUUUCAGUAAAUGAGAUUAAAAAAGACCAUCACAUGACCAAUGUCAUAUGACCCUUAAGCUCUUUCCAAUAAUAGCAGUUUUUGAUUUCAUUUAACUGUUUUUAAAAUGUGUGGUGUGUGGCCCUGUGACCACAACAGCAAAGCCCCAUUAGGAAAUAAGGUUGUUUUAAAGAGUUAGGUUUAAUUUAACCUUUAUGAUUAAGCUGCACUUAAGUAUUGUGCACUUUGAUCAACAUGUAAAAAUGAUUUAUUUUAUUCGGAUUCCUUACCUGAAUGAUGUUUGUUUCUAUUUAGUGUAUAAUUGACUUGUUUGUGGCAAAGUUGUUAACCAGAAGUGGCAUUUUGGCAAUAGCUGCGCAGGUAAAUGAAUGUUUUAUUCGGUGCUAUAUAGUUGAGAUGCGAGAUGUUUUUACUAGACAGCAUGUUUGGUAUUUGAAGCGUGUAUUGUGUAAUUUUCUACUGGCAAACUGACUGAAUGGAUGAUUGAAUUGGAAAUUUUUUGAUUAUUGUUCUGGUCCUCUACAAGUCGUGUUAUUUUCUUUCAAUCCUUCAAAGAACUUGGAGCUUAUCUCUUUGAGUGUGUGUGUGUCCUGGAUAGACAAACAUGAAACAUUGGGAGAGAAACUAGCAGUUUUGAAACAAAAAGUCUUUAACAGCAAUCUUGAGCUGCAUGACAAGUGCCAUGAAUAUUUAGUAUGUUGAAGUAUUAAACUGUGUAGCAAAUUCAUAGAAUAUGCAUUGACUGAAUAUUGUUUGCUGGUUGACUCAUUUACUUAAUCUAUAUAAUUUUGAAUUACAUUUCCCCCUUGCUUAUUUUUAUAAUUAAUGCACAAUACUUUGUUUCCCCACUUCCACUUUCUUAUGGUCAUUAUUCAUUUUAAUCAGGCUCCAUGAAGAACUAUUCUGUGUUUUGGCCUUUGUGUCCAACUUACAUUGUGUUGUCCAUAGUUUUAACAAUAUUUCUACUAAUAGUUAUAAAAUACUGGUACACAUAUGUUACGCAAUGACAAUCACUAUAAUUUAGCCACUUAAAAGCAUUUCCACUGUAGCAAGCCAAGAGAUACAUCAAGUACUUUCUAUUUAAGUUCUACAUGCAUGUAUAUGUCUGGGCAUAUUGCUCUCUUAUCUUAACACCAACUUGCCACUGAUUCUAAUGUGAUAAACCUUAUAUUUUCUGUAUGUAAUGCAGCAAUAGCACAUGACUGUAUUUCCCAAAUCUCUAACUAUAUAUUCUACCUAUAGAUUUGUUUAAAUUUACAUCAGUAAUGUAAUCUACCUUGGCCUAUUACCCCAGUGCAAUCACUCCUUUUUCAAAUAAUUGUCUUAUUUUACAAGAAUAUCUCCUCUGCAGUUUACAUAUUCAUAUUUAAUGUUAGUUGUGUGUAAACCAAACUCAAAUUCCAUGUUUGUGCUCACAAACCUUGCAAAUAAAGCUGAUUCUGAAGAACA